UCCCCGCGGCGCACAGAACCGGGCAGUGAGAGGUGAUGGGGCCGGCGGUGCGCACGGCAGCGCUGCUCCUGCUCAACACAGUCACAGUUCUCGCCACCGAGCCGUGGAAGCCGCUGCUGCUGCCGCCGAGUUUUCCUGACGUUUACCAUGUGUCAGGAAUCUUCUCACUGCCGUACGCGGAGAUUGAGGAGCCGUUUGAAGCCUGGUACAACCGCUCUGGGAAUGUCAGCCGCAUCGAGUACUACCACGGUCAAGUGAUUACGCUGCAGCGCGGGUUUGAGGAACCAGCUGGAAUAAGUUACAAGAUUUCACCAGAGACGACAGAAACCGAGACAAAUGUCAUGAAAUGUUUCCAAGUGAAUGGAACCAUUGACGACCCCAUCCUUCCACAGUCCGUCUUUCCCAAUCUGGAAGAUUUUAAGUUUAUAAAGGAGGAGGAUUAUCGUGGUCGUCAGUGCUCCGUGUGGCAACAGAUUAUUUACGUGAAUGAGAAAAAGAACAAGUACACCAUGUGGGUAUCUGCCUCCCCGCUGGGCCCAGUGCCCGUCCACUAUGAGAUGAAGGGCUACAACACCCUGCUCGGCUCACACUACGACAAGUACGAGGUGGACUAUCACACCAUGCGCUACCAGAUCGACCCCAGCGUCUUCCAGGUGCCUGAAGGCAUGAGCUGUCGGGGGUUCCUAGGCCCGGGGGUGGAACACCGAAUCCUGGCCAACCCCAUGGAAGGUUUGGUUGGCCCAGACCAGGAGGACAGGACAUAUCACAUCUUCCGGCAUUACAAGGAGACGUUUGGGAGGGAGUAUGAGGAGGGUGAGGUGGAGCAUGAGGUCAGAAGGACCGCAUUCACCCACAACAUGAGGUACAUCCACUCGAGGAACCGGGCAAACUUGUCGUAUAAAAUGGAUGUCAACCACCUUGCUGACCGGACUAAGGAUGAGGUGGCGGCCAUGAGAGGAAGGCUGAAGGGAUCCGCACUCAACAACGGGCAGCCCUUUCCCACAGAGCGAUACAUGUCUGUGGUGGCCCCCCCGAGUGUGGACUGGAGACUCUAUGGAGCAGUGACACCUGUCAAAGACCAAGCCAUGUGUGGUUCUUGCUGGAGUUUUGGGACAACUGGUGCUUUGGAAGGUGCCCUCUUCCUUAAGACAGGAUAUCUCAUCCCUCUCUCCCAACAAAUGCUGAUGGACUGCACCUGGGGCUUUGGGAACCACGGCUGUAAUGGUGGCCUGGAGUGGCACGCGUUCGAAUGGAUCCUGAAGCACGGGGGGAUUGCCGACGCUGAUUCCUACGGACCCUACAUGGGCCAGAAUGGAUUCUGCCACUAUAACCAGUCCACACUGACUGCAAAGAUCAAGAGCUACACAAACGUCACUUCAGGAGACUCUGAGGCCUUAAAAAUGGCCAUCUUUAAACAGGGCCCUGUGACUCUCGGCAUUGACGCAUCACACAAGUCGUUCUGGUUUUAUAGCCACGGUGUUUACUACGAGCCACACUGCGGGAACACGCAUAAGGAUUUGGAUCAUGCUGUGCUUGCCGUUGGUUAUGGGACGCUAAAUGAACAGCCGUAUUGGCUCAUCAAGAACUCCUGGUCCACCUACUGGGGCAACGACGGGUAUGUACUGAUGGCCAUGAGAGACAACAACUGUGGCGUUACCACCGGAGCAACCUUCGUCACUCUGGAGUAACUUUGUGUUGGCCACCCUCGGGCACCACAACCUACACCUCUUGGAAAUUGUUACCUCAAAAUCUCUGGGCAAAUGCCAAACCCCAAUGAGAUGCCUUAUAGAGUCUAUAUUUGGUUAGUGUUCCUGCUUUAGUUGGACUGGUGAACGUCAUACACUAGCUUGUCAACUCUACCGCCUCCUAUGGGACAAUUUCCAAACUGGAGAAUGGAAAUGUGGUCAAGCUGAAGCAAUAACUGACUCUUCACACCUCAUAUUCUUGCCUUAAUAAAUCAUUGUGAAAUCAUCC